CGAUCAAAACCAUCUUUCGUCCAUCCACUCAUCCACUCCUUGAUUGAGUCAUUUCAUCGACACGUCUGUCCUGGUAACACAGUCGGUUAUAAAUUGAACGAUUCGGCCAUCUCUCUGUAUCUGUGACCGUGUCAAAAAACAUCAGCGGGGUCCAAGGGUACACACGCACAGACACCAGCAUCACAAGGCUCAAACGAUGGCCGAGGCCAAGAUCUUAUACACAGACGCACCACCAACACCAACAGCAGCAGAGACAUAUUCACAUACACGAAUGAGUGGUUCGGGGGGCACCAACACACGCAGACAGACAGGCACUCACCAACACACGCAGACAGGCACUCGGUAGCCGACUCCCACCCUCAAACCAUCUCCAGGUGAACCGCCCGCGGCUUCCCAAUGAUCUGCCGAGGCGGUGCCGUCCUGUGUUCAACGCUCCUUCUCGCCCUCCUGGCCCUCGCUGGCUCCCUCUCCUCUGGCAGGUCCUGAUAGCCCCUCAGCAGACUCCGGCCAAACACGCGCCUCUGGCAUAACCGAUAAGCCUUCAUGCAUGCGCCCGUGUAGGCGCAAUAGUACCCGCACAUGGCCACGAGCAACACCCCCACCACAGCCAGCACAGCAGCGCCUCUGUUGCGGAACUGGUCCUGGUCCGUGUCUUCCUCUUUGCCGCCCUGACCGCCACCGCCUCCCUCCGUCGCAUUUGGGGGUGUGGUUGAUGAUGGGAUGGGAGUCAUGGGUAGGCCUUCUUCCGUCAUGGGCGUGCUCUCAGCCCCUGAUGUGACAUUCUCUGAUGGUGCUGCCGGCGUCGCCGUCUCGUUUGCACUGGUCGGUUCCGGCGAUGGGGAGGAGAGGCCCUCAUCUGCCAUUGUGGGGGUUGCUGUCGAGUUGGACUCAUCCAAGGGGAACUGAGAAGGAGAGGCUGUGGUGGAUGCUGGCGAGUCUGUUGUUAAUUGGAGCCGCCGAAGGACAUCAUCGUGGUAGUCUUGAAAAGCCCCACGCCUCACGGCCCCUCGGGCAAGAAGAGGAAAGGCGCCACUGCAGAAUAAGAUGAAUACAAGAAUCCUCAUGUUAGAAGGCACCCCUAGCUCAUGCCAGACACCCCAGAGCGCGAAAUCCGU